AUGGCGACAAUCCGGCCCAUGCGCCCAAACGACCUGCUGCAAAUCUCAGCGACGAACCUCGACCCUCUGACCGAAACAUAUAACAUCGGCUUCUACAUGGAGUACCUGACAAAGUGGCCCGAGCUAUGUCAAGUAAUAGAGGGCAUUGACGGGAAGAUUGAGGGCUACAGCAAACUCGAAUCCUCGCCCUACCCCUCCCCCGUCACCCCCUACACCCCCGCGACCGCGACAGAAUACCCCAACUACCUCCCCUGGCACGGCCACAUCACCGCCCUCACCAUCGCACCCUCCGCGCGACGCCUCGGCCACGCAACGGCAUUGUCUUCGGCGCUGGAGCGCUCGUCCGACGCGGCGAAUGCGUGGUUUGUGGAUUUAUUCGUGCGGGCGAGCAAUGAGAUUGCGAAGGAACUGUAUAGGAAGAUGGGGUAUACGGUGUAUCGGCGCGUGAAGGAUUACUAUAAUGAUGGCGAGGAUGCGUUUGAUAUGCGGAAACCGCUUGGUAGGGAUAAGGGGAGGGAGACGGUGAGGGAGGGUGGAGAGGAUAUUGGGGUUAGUCCUGAGGAUGUGUGGUGA